AUCACAAGUCGCAAAACCCAGUCAGAUCAAAAAACCAUGACAUCAAACACACAUUGCAUAAAGCCAUAAAAACCAACAAAUUCCAUAUCAUGCACAUAUCAGAAAAAGCACACACUCGCACACUCCCAAAACAUUCCUUCCACAACCACCCACAAAACCCUGUUAAGAUUUUCUAAUCGAUCUGCCAAGAUGCUCGAUAAAAUCGAAUAUUCGAGUCCCUCGGCAGAAAAUCAUGAGACUUUCAGCUGCAUGAGCCCACUGGGAGCUGCCACUACAAGGAGGAAGAACAACAAGAACAACAAGAGGUUCAGUGAUGAGCAGAUUAGGUCAUUGGAGUCCAUCUUUGAGUCUGAGUCGAGGCUUGAGCCGAGGAAGAAGAUGCAGUUGGCCAAAGAGCUAGGGUUGCAACCUAAGCAGGUUGCUAUUUGGUUUCAGAACAAGAGAGCUAGAUGGAAGUCUAAGCAGCUUGAGAGAGACUACAGCAAAUUGAGAGCCAAUUACAACAACUUGGCAUCAAAGUUUGAAGCUUUGAAGAAAGAAAAGCAGGCCCUGGUUGUUCAGGUGCAGAAGCUGAAUAAUCUGAUGAUGAUGCAAAGGGAGAAUUGUGGGGAAGAUGUAGUUAUGAACAAUGGCAUUGACGGUGAGUCAGAUAACGGAGAUGCCACCAUUUCUGAAUCUGAUAAGGUGAAGCUUGAUUUUUCAGUGGAAAAAUCAGAGCAAGGAGGACUUGGGGUGCUGUCAGAUGAUGACAGCCGCAUAAAAGCAGAGUACUUUGAACUGGAAGAUGAACCAAACCUUGCGAACUUAGUGGAGUCUGCAGACGGUUCCUUGACAUCAGCUGAGGAUUGGGGGAAAUUGAAUUCUGAUGGUCUUUUUGAUGUUACGAGUGGUGAUUAUCAGUGGUGGGACUUCUGGUCUUGAAAACAGAAAUUGUGUGCAUAUAUAUAAUGAAGUGCUGCAUCUAGUGGAGUGAUCAAGAAAAAGGGGCUUUUUUCAUAAGAAUGUCAUUAGCUUUUGGAGACUGGUUGUUUAUAAUCAUGCCAUUUGCACGCAUCCUCCUACGCUUAAUCACUUUGAUGCUCUGUUUAGUUACGACGUCACAAUUAAACAUAUGAAUGAAUGAGAACUAAGGCCAACAGAUAUAUGGGGAUCUUAUUGGGAAAAUGAAUUUUAAGGAGCAUUGUGUCUUUGUGAUA